AUGUCGCGCCCCGAAGAUGUCCUCCCCCCGGACCUCUUCUACGAUGACAGCGAAUCGCGCAAAUACACCACCUCCUCGCGAAUCCGCAACAUCCAGUCGGACAUGACGAACCGAGCCCUCGACCUCCUCGACCUCAAAUCGCCCUCUCUCAUCCUAGACAUUGGCUGCGGCUCCGGCCUGUCGGGCGAGAUCCUGUCGCAAGUACCGCCCGAGCAGGGCGGGCCGCACGUGUGGUUCGGGAUGGACAUCUCGCCGAGCAUGCUGGACGUGGCGCUGCAGCGCGGCGUGGACGGCGAUCUGUUCCUCGCGGACAUCGGGCAGGGCGUGCCGUUCCGGCCCGGCACGUUCGACGCCGCCAUCAGCAUCAGCGCGAUCCAGUGGCUCUGCAACGCGGAGACGAGCGACGUCAGCCCCGAGGGCCGGCUGCGACGGUUUUUCGAGGGGCUGUAUGCGAGCCUCAAGCGGGGCGGUCGCGCGGUGUGCCAGUUCUAUCCCAAGAAUGAUGCGCAGCGGAGUAUGAUCAGCGGGGCGGCGAUGCGCGCCGGCUUCGGUGCGGGUAUCCUUGAGGAUGACCCCGGCACGAAGAACAGCAAGCUCUAUCUCGUCCUCACGGUGGGCGGCGGCGGUCUGCAGGGUGAUAUCACCGGCGUGGUGCAGGGUAUGGAUGAUGUGGAUGUGCUGGAUGCCCGGAGGAAAGCCAUGGCCCAGGGCAAGGCCGCGUCGGCCCGAAAAGGCGACAAGGCGUGGAUCAUGCGGAAAAAGGAACAGAUGGCCAAGAAGGGCAAGGUGGUCAAAGCAAACUCCAAGUACACCGGCAGAAAGCGGCGGGUUGCUUUUUAA